AGCCGCUGCUCCCUGGAGAACUGCAACGUGUUAACACUAUGCUUGUUUAUCGUAUGGUGUAAAAAGAAGCCGCAAAGCCUCUGUAUCCUAAGCCGAGAACGCAAGCGAUCAACCAAGCUAACACCGGGCUCAUGUCUGCGGAAGGAGCGCCACUACCGGACGGCUUGCAGUCUCCGGCUCGGAGAACAACCAAUGCGAAGGCUCCGGCAAAAGUAGCAGGGAAGAAGCGAGUAGGAGCUGCGAGUAAUGGAACCACGAAGCGGGCGACGCGUCGAGAGCUCAAGAAGCUGACGGAGGUGGACCUGGAGGAGAAGAAUGACAUUCCACCAGAGAUCAAGGUGGAGGCCACGCCCUUUGGUCUUGAUGCAGCCAGCGCGUCGAUCACGCCCACUAGUCUGCAUGACGACUUCGUGAACAUGAUGAAGACGCAGGGACUGGAGAAGAUGGCCACAGAAGCAGGGCUUUUGCGAAAUGGCUCUCUUGUGGAGUCGCAGCAAUUGGCGACUCCUGCUUCAGCUGCAAGUACCCCUGUCAAAUCUGGGGCCGGAAAGAAGCCGGCGUCGAUCCCGACGCCGCUCCCGAGCCCGUCGUUCACUAGCCCUUCGCCAGGGAAGAAGAGGAAAUAUCUGAAGAUCAACAAAGGCUUGCGCCAUUUCAGUAUGAAAGUCUGCCAAAAGGUAGAGGAAAAACACGUCACGUCCUACAAUGAAGUGGCUGAUGAACUUGUGCGCGAGUUCGUCACGAUGCGACCAAAUGAUGCGGUCUACGAUGAGAAGAACAUUCGCCGGCGAGUAUACGACGCAUUAAAUGUGUUGAUGGCCAUGGACAUCAUCUCAAAAGAGCGCAAGGAGAUCCGAUGGAAAGGGCUGCCUUCAAAUAUGCAGCAUGACACGGAAAUGCUACUGGCGGAGCGAAACGAGCGUAUGAAGAGCGUGGAGCAGAAAAAGCAGCAUCUGCAGGAUCUCCUGGUGCAGCAAGUUGCCAUGAAGAACCUAUUGAAGCGAAACGCCGAGCGAAAGCGCAAGGAGAGUGAGAACCCCACAGCCGCCACGAUUGUACGCGACGAAGGGCGGGUGUUUCUGCCAUUCAUCGCGGUGAACACAAGUAAGGACACGGUGAUCCAGUGCGAGAUGUCGGAAGAUCGCCAGGACAUCUUCUUCAACUUCAGCGCGCCGUUCGAGAUCCACGACGAUGCCGACAUCCUGCAGAAGCUGAAUCUGCACAAGGCGCCGUACAACGAUCUCAAGCAGAUGGUGCCCGACAGGCUGCUCUCGUACCUUCCGGCCGAGUGUGAGAUGAAAAGCGAGGAGUAA